UUCAAUGACAGUACAUUUAUCCAUCUAUUAAUUGGCAGAUAAAAUAGCGAACGAAUAACAAAAGUUACUCAUCUCUUAUCUAUAACUAGAUGAGAUUCGUUUCUUAGGGCAAAGAAUGCCGAUGGCACGAUCAUCGCGCGAGUAUUCCGACUGUUUCGUCGUACGUUCAUCAGCAGCACGAACGUGGCGCCGCAUAUUAAAACGAUCGCCACCGAACCGCGUUCUCAGUCAUCGCAAACACAUUGGCGCGAGAGCGUCCGCAGCUGCGAAACGUUCUCUUUAUCAACGGAUCGAACGUAGUCGCUGAUCGUUUCGUGCAAUCUCUCGAACUAGUAGAUGAUGCUUUGUGGAAAGUGAGCGCGAUCGUUUGAAGGAAAGAAAGAGGCUGAUGCUGAUCUAGUUGCCGAUAGACGAUGGGUACAUGUUAGAAGAGCGAAAUAACAACGCAUCUAGAAAUGGACUGGUGGCCGAUAAUCGCGGCCGUGUUGGCUGUGCUAGCGGUUCUUUACUACCGAGUCACUCGUAACUUCGACUUUUUCGAGAAACGUGAGAUUCCGUACGUCAAACCGAUGCCGUUCUUCGGAAACAUGUGGGAAGUUAUCAUUCGACGACACUCGUUCCCCGAGGUCAUAGGAAAGAUUUACAAUUCGAAUCCCGAGUCAAAGUACGUCGGUUUCUUCGAGUUCGAUACACCUCUGCUCGUGAUUCGAGACCUCGAUCUCAUCAAGUCCAUCACCGUGAAGAAUUUCGACCACUUUCCAAAUCAUAGAUUGGCUUUCGACCCGGACCUGGACCCUCUCUUCUCGAAGAACCUCUUUUCUCUACGCGACGAAAGGUGGAAGGAAGUACGAAACAUUUUGACUCCGGCCUUCACGUCCAGCAAGAUGAAGUCCAUGUUCGUGUUGAUGCGCGACUGUGCCAAAGACUACGGCGAUUACUUCGCUUCUUUGCCUGCCGAUCAGUCGAAAGAGUUCGAGUUGAAAGACGCGUUCGCCAAGUACACCAACGACGUGAUCGCCACUUGCGCGUUCGGCGUUGACGUCAACUCGAUGAAGAAUCCGAGAAACACGUUCUACCUGUACGGCAGAGAGGCAACCAACUUUGGAGCGGCGCAGAUCCUCAGAUUUCUCGCGGUGAAAAAUUUUCCGUGGUUAUGCCGAUUGCUCGGUAUCAAGGCGUUCAAGCACAAGAUUAUCGAUUUCUUCGAGGAAUUGGUAGCCAACACUAUAAAGACUCGCGAUGAGAAUGGUAUCGUUCGACCGGACAUGAUUCAUCUGAUGAUGGAGACGAGAGGGAAAUUGGGGCCAGGCAAAGAGUUGACCAUCGACGACAUGACUGCUCAGGCGUUCGUCUUCUUCAUUGGUGGAUUCGAGAGCACCUCAACACUCAUGUGCUUCGCCGCUUACGAAGUUGGCAUCAACGACCAUGUACAGAAAAGAUUGCAAGAUGAGAUCGACCAGGUUUUGGAGGAUUGCAACGGCGAAGUCACGUACGAGGCCAUCAACGGUAUGAAGUACCUGGAUGCUGUCAUCCUCGAGAGUCUUCGGAUGUACCCGUCGGUUGUCGGUAGCGACAGAGUCUGCACGAAACCGUUCGAAUUGCCGCCACGCGUGCCGGGAGCGGAGCUUUACGUAGUGCAGCCAGGCGAUACCGUGUGGAUACCGAUCUCUUGCAUUCAACACGAUCCACAGUACUACCCGGAGCCAAAGAAAUUCAAUCCUGACAGAUUUUACGAUGAUUCGAAACUGUCCAACUCUCUCUCGUUCCUCUCGUUUGGGCUUGGUCCCAGGAUGUGCAUCGGCAACAGAUUUGCUCUAUUGGAAGCGAAAGUUUUGCUCUUCUACAUUUUCGCCAACUGCGACCUCGCACCAUGCGCCAAGUCCUCAAAAUCAUUAAAACUGGUCUCGACCGGAUUCGCCGUGGUGCCGGAGAACGGGUUCUGGCUGAAAAUCCAGCCGAGAAAUGCAAAGAGAGCGCAGCCGGAGAAGAUUGCGAUCGCAGGGUCGACCAUGCUCAUCGAGAAGGUUCUCGACAGACAUUCCGACAAUUAAGUUACGUUACACCGUACACGACGCUUGCAAUAUCCGUUGCUGCAACUUCUUCGUCUGCCUAGGGAUACGUUUCUUCGUAGCAGGAACUUCGAAAGCGAAUCUAUGAUCGAUUUGUAAAUCUGUUUAUAAUUCGUCAUAAUAUAAGUUGGGGUGGCAUACGCAAAAUGCAAUGCAGUUGCGAUAUAAUUUAUUUAAAAUAUGCACAAGUUACGAACGAUUAUUCGCGCAUGCACGUUUUCAACAACAAGGUGGGAUUUGUUUUCUUUCUUCUUUUUUUACUGACCUGUGUUUGUUCCGCCAAGAAAAUUGUUAAAUCUCACGACUUCAAACGACAGUAUCAAAGAAUUUUCAGUCGAUUCCUACGAUCUUGCAGAAUCUGUGGAAAAUAGCCGAGAAUUUUGUGGCC